AUGCCUGAUAACCCCGUGCGGACCAAACGCCGAAAGAUUGCACUAGCCUGUGAGCCGUGCAGAGAACGCAAAGCCCGAUGCGAUGGCGGCCGACCCAUGUGUGCUACAUGUCAGCGCCGGUCGUUGAAGCCAGACCAAUGCGUGUACAAAGGAUUCGACGAUAAUGAAAAGUUUCUUCGCGAACGCAUCCGUGAACUUGAACAAGCCUGUGUAGAGAAUGGCAUCGACACCCACACCUUGAGAAAGUCAUCAUGGCAUGGCAGAGACACAGCCCAACUGCUUGCCAAUGAUGAAUCGUCUCCUCACGGGCCUUUGACUCACUUAGAUUCGCCCGCUUAUCAUAAUGAACCUAAUCCGAUGAAUCCAACUCCAUCCGCGACAAGCUCCGCUGGUGUGACGGCAAUGGGAACGAUUGCCGACGACAGCGGCCUCGCCAAUCUGUCUGAGAUAUCUCAGGAUUUCUAUGGCGGGUCAUCUGCUGCUUCGUUUCUGCAUGAAACAUGUCGCAAUAUGAGUUUACGUUCUAUUCAAAGAGUCCCUGCGAAACGAGCAGUCCGAGAUGUCCUGCCUACUCAAUUCCGAUUCGCAAACGUGGCCAAGUUCCAACUUCCACCUCGUUCACUGGCAGACCACUUGAUUGAAUGUUAUUUUGAGCGAGUUUACUACCUGUAUCCCUUUUUCGACCGUCCAGCCUUUGAACAUGCCUACAACUCCUUAUGGCAACCAGCUAGUGUGGCAACCAACGCGCCAGAUUCGUUUCGAGACGUAGGCAUUGGUAGUCCAACUGUUGGCGAUUCAAAAACAGUGGUAUUUCAUGCUGCUCUCAACGCUAUAUUCGCUCUGGGUUGUCCCUUCUCGAAUCUACCAGCAUCGGAAAAGGUAACCUCCGCCGAAGUCUUCUUCAGUCGGUCCAAGAGUCACUUCAGUUUUGAUCUGCUCGAGUUGCAUAAUAUAGGUGUUGUUCAGGUUCUGCUUCUAGUUGCACAAGCUCUACAAGGGACGUCAUUCCCAAAUAGAUGUUGGAACGCCGUUGGGGCCGCCUACCGUAUCGCUCUUGCUCUUGGCCUUCAUACAGAUCCGCCUUACUCGGAGGGCGAAUCUCACGACAAGGAGAUUCGGCGGCGAACUUGGCAUGGGUGUAUCAUAUUGGAUAUGCUUGUGAGCAUGACGUUCGGUCGGCCAAACAUUACGGCUGGUCUGUCUUCCUCACAGGUACAAGAGACCACCACACUAGACAUGUCUUUCAAGGAUGACUAUGAAAAGCUAAAGGUCGCGUUUCUUGCUCCUUGCGCUCGUCUAUCCCUAGUUUUGAACCAGAUCUUGUCUCAGGUCUAUCUUUCGUCACCACGUCGUACCGGAAAUAGUGGUAGUCAACAUUCUCCCAUUAGUAGAGACACUAUUGCCAAUCUUGAAAAGCAAUUGGACAUAUUUGAGAAUAGUCUCCCAUUACCAUUAUCGUGGAGAAUGAGUGAAGCCAAAGGAAAGGGCUGGGACAGCGGGCAUCGCGUUCUUGAGAUGCAAAGAAACGUCUUGCAUGCGAGGUUCAUUUACGCUCGACUAUUACUAUAUCGCCAACUGUUCACAAGAGCAUUAGCAUCAAAUACUCACAAGCCCCAGGAUACGCCAUCAACGGAUAAGUCUUCUGCUCAACAGCCACUGGACGUGAUACUACAACAGUCAUUUGAGACAGAGUGCGCAAAGCGUUGCAUCCAUUCCUCUGUUGAGCUGAUUGAGCACAUACACUGCACAUACAAGACCAAAGAAACUGGGGCAUGGUGGUGGAAUGGCCUGUAUGCAUGUACGUCUGGUCUUAUUCUCAUUUUGUCACGAAGCUGUCCGGAGACGCUAUGCGCGCUCAGCCCACGAGAGUUUGAUGAAUCGUGGAACCGGUGUCGUGAGAUUCUCGAGGCCCUGGGUACGAUGAGCGCAUCAGCUCGAGCUUCUUUGGAGCUCUUGACGAGAGUUCAUUCCUAUAUACACUCUCAAAACGCAGAUAAUGUGAGAAACAAAGAUGAUGUUCCUCGAGAUGGGGCAGAGGGUACAGAUGUCGAGGGCCAGAGUGUAGACAACGCCCACAUCUAUGACAAUUUAAAUCUUUACGGUAUGGCCCCAUGGGAUGGCACAGACGUAGCCGGUCCGUUCUUUUACAGCUGGGACAUAUUGGAUAGCUUUUCUCUUGACGUAGAAAAUGGAGGAGGUUUAUGA